AUAGAUAAUCGGAUUGAAGUAACCAUAAGGAAUGUGUGAACGAAGAAGCAGUUGGGUGGCCCGCCUAAUCCAUCCACGAGCCACGGACACAUCCCCUUGGCCCUUGGGCAGUUGCAGACUUGCAGCAAUGCUCUGAGUUCAGAGUAGCUGCUUUCAUGGCCUUAUGCUUCUCCUUCCCUCCCGAUUUUCUCUCUCCUCCAAAUUUCCAACCUCUCCUUCAAAACUGCACCAACUCACAACAUCUUACCCAAAUCCAUGCCAAAAUCAUCCGUUCAAAACUAUCUACCAACCCCAUUCUUGCCGCCCAAUUACUCCGCCUUUAUUCUUCAUUUGGCAAUCUCAACUACGCUUCUUCAAUCUUCCAUCGAAUUCAGUCUCCUUCAACCUUUUCCUGGAAUCUCAUCAUCAGAGCUCAUACAAUCAAUUCUUCUUCUUCAAAGUCUCUCAUUUUGUACAAUCUUAUGAUAUGUGCUGGGGUACCACCUGAUAAAUUCACCUUCCCUUUCGUCAUCAAAGCUUGCGCUGCUUCUUCGGCUGUUGAAAAGGGUAAGGAAGUUCAUGCUUCUGUUAUUAAAUCUGGGUUUUAUUGUAAAGAUUUGUUUGUUAAGAAUACCCUCUUGGAUAUGUACUUGAAAUGUGGGAGUUUAGAGAGUGCACGCAAGGUGUUCGACGAAAUUCCUGUGAAAAAUGUUGUGUCUUGGACUACUAUGGUUUCGGGUUUGGUUGGAUUUGGGGAGUUGGAUUGUGCUAGGGAACUGUUUGAUCAAAUGCCUGUGAGAAAUGUGGUUUCUUGGACUGCUAUGAUUAAUGGGUAUGUGUCCAAUGGGAGGCCUCAAGAGGCGUUCGAGUUGUUCUCUCAAAUGCAGGUUGAAGGAGUAAAACCUAAUGAGUUUACUCUUGUUAGUUUACUGAGAGCUUGUACAGAACUGGGGAGUCUUAGUUUAGGGGCUUGGGUCCAUGAAUAUGCUUUGAGUAAUGGGUUUAAAUUGGAUGUAUACCUUGGAACUGCCCUCCUUGACAUGUACAGUAAAUGUGGUAGCUUAGAAGAGGCAAUAAAAGUGUUUCAUAUGAUGGAAAGAAGGAGCUUAGCUACUUGGAACUCGAUGAUUUCGAGCUUGGGUGUGCACGGGUGUGGGGAUGUGGCAUUGGGAAUUUUUGAGGAGAUGAUUAAGGAAAAGGUAAUGCCUGAUGCAAUCACAUUUGUUGGGGUAUUGAGUGCUUGUCUUCAAACACAGAGAGUGGAUGAAGGUAUAAAUUACUUUAAAUUCAUGAUUGAAGAGUGUGGUAUUGUGCCUAUAUUAGAACAUUAUGUAUGUAUGUUUGAGCUGUGGAGUCGUGCAAAGGAUAAUGUCCAGACCAUUUCAGACGAAGGUCAAAGCUUUGUACAGAUGACUGAAACUGAGAUGUUUGAGGAAAGCCUUUAUGCUAGCUUACCUAGAUGAGUUGUAUGAUUUUUAGACUACCUAGUGUUUCAUUGGCUUGUUGGAUCACUUGGUUGAUAUGCCUUCUGUGCGUACCAUGAUUGACCGUGUUGGUAAUUUCCAAAUGAGUUCAAGCUGCAAGCUACCGGGUUGUGGAACUUAGGUGUCGAACUGUCGAUUCUAAGUCAAGCAGUAGUGUACAGAUAUUGAUUUCUGGUGACUGCAAUUAUCCAAGCCCAAGAUCCCAAUACCAGUGAUGGAAACCAGGCUUUGGAGUGAACAUGGGGUAUAUGCAUUUUCUUUCCUUUUUCCCUUUUUUAUCCUUUUCUUUUUCUUGUCCUCAAAUUCUCUUGCUGCAAAUAUAAUUUAAUUUUAAUUUUAAUGAAAUACAUAAAUCAUAUGUAGUACUUGUAUGAAUUUCAACAGAAUGGAUGACUUUAUCAACAACUGGAUUGGGCUUUGUGACUAGGGAAGCUAUUGAGUUGUAGUAGUCUAAAUCAUAUGUAUCUUGUUACAUGAAGGACCAAGUGUACAAAUAUGAGACAGAUUAAUAUAUUGAUGUUCAACCA